AUGGACCAAAAGGAUAUCGAUAUAGUUGAGGUGAAACCCUCGUGGCCGGCCCUUUCAGGGAUUCCCGAGGCGGUAAACGCACAUAAUCAGAAUUUUCUCAACUGCGUUUUGAACCUCAAUAAAGAUGCGCAACAAUACCUUUCAUUCAACGAAUUGAAUGAAAAACAGCUUUCCAAACUGGUAGUCAGCUUUAUACAGCAGGUAGCUGACACCUGCAAUUUUCUGCAACACGAAAUUGUAGAUAUUCUGACCGUUAACUGCCGUAUCGGCCCCGAGCUGGCCAACAUCCGGCAGACCCUUCAGAACGUCCAGGAACAGACCUAUCACACUCAAUCAAGUAUACAGAAACAGAACAACCAGUCCUGGGCCUCUGUGGUCCGCAACGCGCCUCCCCCGGCCCAUACGACCUCUUCUCACGGCUCCUCCAGCACCGCCCCGGCCACCCCGUCGGAGCUCAGCAAAGACCGCGAGGUCAUCAUUAAGCUACGGGAUGCUGGUGCAGUACGCACCUACCGACGUCUUACGGCCUCGGAUAUCAAGCAGAGAGCGGAGACAGCAAAACAGAAGACUUGCGGUCAAACAGAGGCUCUCUCUUUGGCUAAGGCGCGUUUUGUAGCUGCUAGAUAG